GUUUGGUUGCGGCAACGUUGACAAUUAGUAAAAUAAGCUUGUCAAAGCACGGUAUAAAAAGUACACGCGAGCAUUGACGAAAUCAUACUGCAAGCACUUUUGAAUUUGACGGGGUCUUUAGGGGCCCUGUUGGUCAGAUGCAAGAGUCGAACAGUCAAUCGUCCACUUUAAAGCCAAACACCUUGCCCCCGAGGUGAAGGUCAGGGACUUGUUUCGGAAUAAUUCGAAGGUUAUUAAGGUCAAACGCCGCCUCCCGGUCAAACCCACAAAGGGCUUUGUACUAAGCGAUGAACUCAAAACACCCAAACGCCCAGUGUGAGAUAAGAAGAGUUGGGAUUGGUCAUCACGCGACUUUCCCUGAGGAUGCGGUUUUUGUUGGCGGUAAUCAGUUAAGGCGCGGACCGUAAAAGCUUUCUCGCAAGCAGCCUGUUCUAAUAUCAAUGCAACGCAAAUAUUUUGGUCUACAUAAUAAACAAAUUUUUUUAAAGCUAUAGAGAAAAGGCAAAGCGCAAUAAACGAAGCGCCAAAAGAAAGCUAAACAUUUCAAACCCCCUUAGUGUCUACGCCUACCAAAGUGAAAGUGGUCACAUGGCUUUCAGCGGAUUUAAAGCAACCUUCAAAUGCGAGCCAAUCCUAGCUCGUGGUUUUGAUAGUAUAUACCCCAAGUUUCAGUACCCAGAAGUAGUAAUCACGAAUUCGCAAAGAAUGGAGAUGCGAAAUGCUAAAAUAAUAUGGUUGAGCCUUAUCGCUGGGUUUCUUUUACUCCAAGGCUCACCGCUGACCGAAAGCAGUGUUCGGUUCACAAAGACACCAGGGUCUGACAUCUGGCACUAUGAGGGGUCUAAUGUUACGUUCACAUGGGAUUACAUUCCUACUUCAGAACUCAGUCGAAUAAUAUUUGGAGUCUGGGAGUCAAACGAUAUAACCAAAUACAUAAUGACGUUGGCAAGUCCACUCUGGAAACCGACCCCUAACCCUGAUGUCAGCGUAUUGCAGUAUUUUGGGCGAGUUCGUUGGGCUGGCGACCUGAGCAAAAAUAGAGCAAGCUUUCAGCUGAAAGGCGUUACCAGGAAAGACGCCAGUGUUUAUGCCAUAAAGCUUGAACCUCUUGACAUAUUUGCAAAUGGAAAAUCGGACACGACAAAUGUAACUGUACUGCCGCAGUCGGUGUUCCUGCAAACAGAGAGCAUAGUGUACACGAGUCUUGGCAGCGAUGCGAGGUUCACGUGGCAGUACUCGCUAAACGGCAAGGACGCGCUCACCCUCUCCUCAAUCACGUGGGGCGUGUUACAGAACGGACUAUUUAAGGUUCUAUGUGAUAUAAAGGUUAUGGGGACAGCGGCAGUCUCCCAGAGUUGCAGUUCUGGUAAAAGCAGCGAGAUCAUCCAGCCUACCUCCAAAGCGUCCUUCAUACUUAACGACAUCAGAGACAGCGAUGAAGGAGAGUAUCAACUGAGGCUGCGCGGAACCGCUAAACCGCUGGACAGUGUUAUAGCAUUGUUUGUCACAGAUCCUCCUGUUAUAACUCUUCAACCUGAACCAACAGUCGUUCGCGAGGGAAAUCCGCUUAUACUAUCGUGCGCAGCUGAUGGUCGACCAAUUCCUUCCUACGAAUGGCUGAAAGAUGGUCACGUAAUCACAGAUUCAUCCAAUAGUACACUUGAAAUAAAAAGCGCGAGCAGAGAGGAUGCCGGGAGAUAUCAAUGUGUUGCAAGUAAUCGUAUUGGAAACGAGACGUCACGUUAUGCUGACGUCACUGUUUAUUACCCCCCUACAGUGAACCUCACCGAAAAGCGGACCAUAGUCAAACUUCCGCUUGGCGCCAGCGAGACUUUAUCGUGUCCAGCGGUAGGGAACCCUUCCCCUAUCUACCAAUGGUACAAAGGGAUCGAUCACUACAUUAGUAACGGGCAUCACAUCAGCGUUACCGUGGCGACCGAGGCAGAGUAUGUGACGUACUUGUGCGAGGCAGAGAAUGAGCUUGGGACCGAUAACGCCACAUUUGUCUUGGUGAAAGUGGGCCCCCCAACAAGUCCUCGCGUGGACUGCGGGAAACGUGAGGACACCACGAACUCGCGCGACAGGAAAUUUCACUGGACCCCGCCAAGUGACGACGGUGGGGCCCCUGUGUUAUUCUACACCGUCAAAUACCGUACUGUGAGGGGUACUCUGGGGAGAGGGCCGUGGGUCACUCGUAACAUCAGCGUGUCAAGCACGUGGCACCAGUUCUCACUGGAUUGGGACAAAGUGUAUGAGCUUAGCGUGACAGCAUGGAACAAGUACGGGGAAAGCGUGACGGACUUGGAGUUGGAUACGUGUGUCGUGACAGUCGGGGCAGAUCCAUCCGCAGCGACAACAACAGCCUUGCCACCUCCCGUAGUGGCAGAGUCGCAAGAUUUUGUGGACAAGAUUCCGGGUGGGAAGAUAACGCUGUACGUUGGUAUCGCAGGCGCGCUCGUCUUGCUGUUGAUUGUGGUCAUUGCUCUGGUUCACAGGAGUCACGUCAGAAAAAGCAAAGAAAAAGUAAAGAACUGGUCAAACCAGCAGAUCAGUAUAAGCGGCCAUCUUGAUGGCCAUUUCUGGGAAGGUCCUUCCGCAGCAGAGGACCGUAAACAGUCGAUGGUAGGGAGCCCCUCGUACCAUAUGGACCCACAGUGGGCCAUCCCUCGGGAAAAGAUCUCUAUCUUGAAGGUGAUUGGCAAUGGGGCGUUUGGUCUGGUGUACAAAGGACGUGUGCAUGGAUUAGGGACCAACAGACCCGGAUGGAACCUGGUUGCCAUCAAAAGCCCGUAUGCUGACGCAUCUGACAGGGAAACACGUGACCUUAUGAAAGAGUUCGAGCUUCUAAAGACACUAAAGCCCCAUCCACACGUGAUAAAAAUGCUGGGAUGUGGAGAAGAUGACGGUCGCCCCCUUGUGAUCAUCGAGUACGUACCUCACGGCGACUUGCUCGGAUACUUGCGCAAGAGUCGCGGCGAGGAGGAUGACUACUACUCCGACCCGGAGAUCAAGCCAAAGACUUCUCUCUCCUCGCAACAGCUGAUUCGCUUCGCCUGGCAGGUCGCAGACGGCAUGGAGUACCUCUCCUCGCAAAAGAUUAUCCAUCGCGACCUGGCUGCCAGGAAUAUUCUCGUGGGGGAGGGGGAGGUGUGUAAAGUGGCGGACUUCGGGAUGGCAAAAGACGUUAGCAUCGAGGAUAUCUACAUAAGGACAACAGAGGGUCGACUUCCGGUGAAAUGGACUGCAGUUGAAGCAUUGAUCGGUGGAGGGGAAUAUACAACACUAAGCGACGUGUGGAGUUUUGGGGUGGUCCUAUACGAGAUCUGCACAAUUGGGGGUGAGCCAUACCCUGGAAUUGCUGGAAAAGACAUCCCAGAUUGCCUGGAAACUGGUUACCGCAUGCCGUGCCCCACCCACGUGGACGCUACUCUAUACCAGGUCAUGGCUAGUUGCUGGGCCACUUGUCCGGAUGACCGUCCGACUUUUGCGUCCCUUCAAAAGCUCCUCAACACGCUAGAGGCGGUACAGUCAAAGGAUUACAUCAAUCUCUCUGAAUGCCUAAACAAAGGACACAAAGGAAAGGGGACUGGAAAGGAGAAACGAUACCACAGGGAUCCCACAGAACAGGACCACUCAUGGCCAGUCGCUGUUUAACAGAAAGAAAAAAGCCAUCCGAUGUUUCUUAGGAAAAAACUAUUUGUUAUAUUCAAGAAGGAGCAAGCUCAAGUUACAAUGCAUUUAGAAAAGACCAUAUACAGAGCUAAAAUGAGGCCGUAUAGUUCACUUGCAGCUAGAAGAUUAUUAAACAGGAAUUGAGCAGCGAAUUUAACAAAAGUACUCAGUUACUGCAAGGCGGUUACCACUCUCUUGAGUAGCAGGGAUUUGCCGAAAGGGGGGGGCUUACUUCAAUUAAUAAUGACCGCAGCAGGGAGGGGGGAGGGGCAAUCGAGCUCCCACGCCUUGCUACGGUUUUACAGUGGUAACGAAAAACUUAUUAAUGGGAAAGGGCUUGAAAUCGGUCAUUUAUCAAGAGUACUUUUUUAAAGAUACAAAAGAAAUGAGCAAUAUCAACAAACACAGUAGGCUUCAUAAGCUUUUUUUAAACAAUGUGAUAAUAAAAGAUAAUGAGA